AUGGAACAGGCCAACGGCAGGCCAGGCCAGGCCACGGCUCAAGAGAGUCCUGAUCCGUCUUCUGCGGCUCUCCAAUCCAUUUUCUUGCCUGCUACUAUUGGAUCCCCAGUGUUGGAAUCAUCUGAAUUGCGGUACUUGCACGUCUACUACGCUUACCGCAAGUCCUGCUCGCAAUGGGUCGUCGCCCGAUUGACCCUGUGUCACUCGGAUGCGGAUUUGAUGGCGAAAUUGGAAGCUGUGAUGGAAGAAAAGCUUUCCGGUGCUCUUGGCAGCCGCCCUAGAAGAGUUCUGGUCUUCAUAAAUCCGUUUGGAGGGCAUGGAAACGCAGAGAAGAUUUAUUCGAAGAAGGUUGCUCCUAUCCUCCGUCUUGCCGGAAUCAAAGCUGAUGUUACAGUGACGACGAAAAAAGAUCACGCUUACGAGUACUUGUCGACUGCUGAGAAUACCUUGGAAUACGACUCUGUCGUUGGGGUCGGUGGGGACGGUUUGCUGUCGGAGAUUGUAAACGGAUUGUGGACCAGAGUAGCCAAUGAAGAUCAGUUGAGAUUAGGAUAUGAACCCGAAAAAUGCCCGUUUCCCGUGGUUUUGGGUGUCAUACCCGGAGGCAGCACCAAUACCUUGGAUUACUCGCUCAAUGGCCGCUCUUGUCCAAUCAAUGCCGCCAUCAAUAUUGCUUUAGGUAGGAAGCUGAAGAUGGAUGUGAUGGGAAUCUACCAGAAUGAAAAAUUAUCCAAGCUGUGCUUCAAUGGCAUAUUUUAUGGCUUUCUUGGUGAUCUUAUGGAGAAGAGUGAGAAGCUCAGGUUUUUGGGACCUCCAAGGUACAAUUUGUCAGGUGUGCAGACGUUUUUGAGUGAUUGUAGAAAGACAGUGAAAUACGAGUACAGAGGAGGCAUUGAAGAAGACGCGUCGAUGGGGAAACUUGAACCCAAAUGUCAACGCCAAUGUUCCACUUGUGCAACAGGCGAUGAAGAAGUUUCCGCAAAUUCUGAAGAAUGGAAGACAGUUGCAGGAAAAUACAUUCAAGUCAGUGCAAUGUGUCACACGCUUUUGUCAAAUGUGACUCCAAAAGGAUUGAGUCCAGGAGCUCAUCUCGGCGAUGGCUUUCUUGACGUCAUAUGUGUCAAAAACUCUGCGAAAUUCAACGUUUUCAGGUUUCUUUUUAUGACCCGGUUUCUUCCGGAAGACAAGUUUUCCUUGCCUUUUGUCACGUUUUUGCGUGUGAAAGAGUUUAGGAUUUUGCCAGGAGAUUCUGGAUGUUACAAUUGUGAUGGAGAACUUAUUCCUGCGACUGAUAUUCACUGCAAGGUGUUCAGACAAAUGCUGGAGGUCUACAGCCAUGGCUGUGACACGGAAGAAUCCAACAUUGAAGAAGCCCCCCAGCAAAAUUUGUCUGGAACAGGAAGUUGGUUCUCUCGACUCAGGGCCACAUUUGAGAAGAACAAAGGGGACUUCCUUUCCAGUAACCCCAAGUCUGCUGGUGGGGAUGGCUCUAGCUCUUCAACAGGUGGUGGCAGAGGAAUAGAUUUAUUGCUGAGCUGGAGGAAGGAUAUCAAAGAAUUUUCCUCGAUUGAUUCCUGAAGGGUUGUUGUUGGCCGUGAGAGAAAGUUUUCGUCAUCAUUUUAUUAUAAACAAAAAAAAUUAGAUUUAUUUUGGGAAAGAAGAAUAAAAGCAGAACAAAUAUGCAAUUUUAGAAAAAGGUAUUGAACGGUUUUCGGGGGUUCCGAAUUUUAUAUCAAGUGGGAAUCGGCAAUUUAAUUUUAGAAGUUUUGCUGAUUUGUGUCUCGCAUGUAUGUGGAAGCAAUAAAAAUUUUGAUUACUUUCUGUCGUAUGUAUAGA